GGAGAGAGAUGAUUGAAGGAAGUACAGUAAAGCAGCUGGAGAUGAGGCUAGAGCAUUUUACAUAUUGGUGGCCUGAUUCUUUUUUUUUAAUUUUCCUUGACCCUCUCAGACUUCUAUUUACACAGAUGUAAGUCCUGCUGAACUCAAUCAGCAGCAAGUGAUUGAGGUGAGCAAAAGAGAGCUGACCUCUUUUCCCCUAUAGCCUCUAUUAGGAAUCUGAUUCAUAAUACUGUAUGUAGCGUGUGCCAUUUGUUUCUAAAGCUCCUCAUUGUAAGUCUGAAUUGCUUCUAAAACACAGUACAGUCAUGCCAUAUGUGUUGAUGACCGGGAAAGCAGAAGCUUUCAUGGUCCAAUCUGCUGCAGUGGUAAUUGCUGUUUGAAAUACAUUUUGUAGCAACAUUGUGAGCAUUGCUUGUGUUCUUCCACCAGCAUUGCCCAGCUGUUUAGUAGUGAGGGAGAGGUCCUUUGCACAUGCUCAGAGGCAUCAAUAUUUAUCAUUUCAUGUGUUUGUGGACUCCAGAAUCAAACUGAACCUCGUGAGCUCUGUGUGAUCAGGUUAUGCUAGAAACACGGCGGAGGCGUUCUUUGAAUGUCCAUCUAUAGGGGAAGGGGUCAUAGCUCAGUGGUUUCUGUGUUGCAUGCAGAAAGUUCUGGGUUUAAUCCCUGGCAUCUCCAGAUAGGGCUAGAAAUCCUGCCUGCAGUCCUGGAGAACUUUUGCUCAUCAGUGCGUAGAGCAUACUGAGCUAGAUGGACCAAUGGCAUCUGCCUCUGUAUAAGGCAACUUCCUAUGUUUGCAUUAUUCCCAUCCACCCCUGGAAUGUCUAAUGAAUGAUUCAGAUAUAGAAUAGCAGGUGACCUGCUGGGGAUGGAACACCUCUGAGGCCUGGAUUUGCCAUUAAUGUAAAGGUACUCCUGCAUGCAUUUCUUCCUGUUCAUGCUCUCUGAUAUGCUCGCAUAGCUGUGUUCUGGUUUUACUUUCUCUCUCUGUUGUCUUCCCACAUUCUUUCUGUAAAAUUGUUCCUUCCUUGGAGCAGAGAUUUCUUUGUUUAUUGUGGUUAUGUCAUAAAGCAUUGUGCUAUUGCCAUCAUAAUAAUGUAUGGCUAUUUCAAAUUAGAGCUGAUGAUUGGACUGCUUUCUAGUAGCAAAGGCCAUUUCAUUACUUUAGAGCAAGGGUGCAGAACAUUUUUUCAACCCAAGGACUACUUUAUCUCAAGUCCAGCUUUCUUGGGACUGCAUAUCAGUGGGGGUGGAGCCAAAACAAAAAUGGGUGGAGCCAAAGCCCGGUGGGUGGAGCUAAAUCAGGCAGUGCUACCCAGCAUGCUCUAAAUCAUAUGCAGUACCCCUCACACAUACACAAUAUACAGGAUACAUCUGUACUGUAGUAUAUGCUUACAUAGUGUGACUGCAUUCACAUCUUACAGCAUAUGGGAUGCACAGUUUUCUGUCAUAUUAUGCUUUCAUCUCAAAUAGCCAACAUGGCGCUCUUCAGACAUUUUAACAACAACUCCCAUCAGCCCCAGGCAAUGUGGCCAAUGGUAAGAGGUGUUGGGAAUUUUAGGACAAAAAAACAGAGAGAGAGUACAAUGUUAGCUACCCCACUCUAGUCAACAAGGCUGUUAGUGCCACUUGUAGGCACUGUCAUCUGGAAUAAUGUAUGGCUUUGACUCAUUAGGCUUUUGACUUGGUGCAAUUGUUUGGUAAAACAAGCAGCAUUUUAGAAAUAAUUAUUUGGUGAAACAAUAGGCAUUUUAGAAUUAAUCUGUGUGCCAGUCAUUAACUAUGUUAGAAAGGUAAAGGUAAAGGGACCCCUGACCAUUAGGUCCAGUCGUGACCAACUCUGGGGUUGCGGCGCUCAUUUCGCAUUAUUGGCUGAGGGAGCCGGCGUAAAGCUUCUGGGUCAUGUGGCCAGCAUGACUAAGCUGCUUCUGGCGAGCCAGAGCAGCGCCUGGAAACGCCGUUUACCUUCCCGCUUGGAGCGGUACCUAUUUAUCUACUUACACUUUGACGUACUUUCGAACUGCUAGGUUGGCAGGAGCUGGGACCGAGCAACAGGAGCUCACCCCACCACAGGGAUUCGAACCGCUGACCUUCUGAUCGACAAGCCCUAGGCUCAGUGGUUUAACCCACAGCGCCACCUGUGUCCUUAUGUUAGAAAAGAGAUCUGCAAAAUACAAUGGUAAAACAGCUGUUUUAUUUAAAGUGGCAUUUGAAGCUUUGUUGGAGUCAGUUUAAAAGGAUGAAUUGAGGAAUGUUAGCAUUUGCACAGAGCACUAGAUUUAUGAGGAUGAGCUGUAUUGAUCCUAGGAUUACACAACUUCUCUGGCCCCCAAUAUAGCCAUGAAGUGCCUGGAAGCUCUCACUUAUGUUUUAGACUAAGCACAGCUUGUGACAUUGGAAUUCAGACAAACUGUGGUUGGUUUUAACUAUGGAUAGUAGAAACAAGUCAACUUCAAACCAUAUGUUAUGAAGCUGGCUUGUUUUCCGUAAGCUUACUAGGGGUUGUCCUCAACUCUAAAGUAUGGUUCAUCUAAAAGAGGCCAAGACGUCUCCUGUCUUAUGGACACACUAGCAGAGAAGGGAGAAAGCAUGUGAGCCUGGGGCUUGCUGCAUGUAAUGCUACAUUAUGGUUUAGUGUUGCAUGUGAACUGGUUAAGUAUCUCAGGAUAACCUCAGUAUCUCAGGUUUUUGAUUGUUUUUCUGUUUGUCCUCUUGCAGUAUAACCUGAAUACAAGGUAGAAAACAUUGUUGUUAUUAUUAGGUAUUUCAAAGGUUGUGAAAUUUUUGAUGCUGGAGGAAUUCUGUUCAAAGGGAACUGAACGUAUCUUCACAAGUUCCUUUUUGCAUAGUACGUGAGCCUCUUCAGGUGUGUUAGUCUGAUUUAGAAAAACACCCAGAGGGGAGCAAUGGGAUUGACUGUGCACUAGCUCCAUCCCAUACCACACUCCAUGAAUUUGAGAAAACUGGGAUUCUGAAACACAUGGGGAGCCUCCAUGAGUACAGAUGACCCCCUACUUAGGAUCAUAAAAACAGAAGAAGUGCCCUGCUGGAUUUGAAUAGAGACCCAUCUAGUUGAGCAUCCUGUUUUCACAGUAGCCAGUCAGAUCCCUAUUCUGCCAGAAUGGAGUGCAGCAGCGCUCUUCCCACUGGAGAUUCCCAGCAACUGGCAUGCAGAGGCAAAAUGCCUCUGAUAGUGAAAGUGGUGCAGAACCAUCAUGGCUUGUACUUCAGAAGUUUGCCUUUAAACUCAUGAAGGGUGAAGGGAAUCAUGAUGGGGGAUAGACCUAGUGCAGUCAUUCCCUUUGCCUGUCUUGCUUGUUUGCUUAACUUGGAAGGAGACUAUCUGAAGAAGGCUAUGGCUUGAAACGGUAUAUGAUGAUGAUGAUGAUGAUGAUGAUGAUGAUGAUGAUAAUAGCAGCAGCAAUUGUAAUUUCUGAUGACACUAAACAAACACCUGAGGUUAUCAAGUCUGACAUUUGUCCAGUUUCUAUAAGGUUAUAUAUCUAUUUAAAACAAAGGAUCUUAGGGACAUUUUGCUUUUCUAAACCAUACUUGAGAGGCUGUUGAGAACAGCAGAUAUCUCCAUGUUAUCCUGUUUACCAGGGUAAAGGAGGAAAAUUCAUAAGCAGUUUAUUAUAGUUGGUCUGCAAAGCAGAUGUUGCAUGCAGGCUGCCAGCAUUUUGGCAAGAGUUCUCCUGAUUCAAAAGCAAAACCGCACACAAAAAUGUGUUGUGGUUUCUGCCACCCUCAGUUAAAAGUGCCCCCAAGGAAUACUAGGAAAUACUUCUCUGCCUGUUUGGGUUUUCCACCAUGUUGGAUGACUGUAUCACGCUUCUUAAGAUCAUGGCAAUUCUAGACCUUCUGCUGUUGUUGGCCAUGUGGCUCAUCAGAGCCUUAUAUUCCUAGAAACAUUCCUUAUGACCCACAAGGACAGGUUUUAACAUGACAGUGGGGUCCCGUGCUUGCUAUAUGUUGCAGAAUAUAAGUCUGCAUCAUGAUUAAUCUAGAUGGGUUUUUGUUGCAUAAGUUGGAUAAAUAAAUGAGGCUAUAAAGAGUUUCCUAAAAAUGGCUCCUACUUAACUCAGUAGGUUUUACUCCCAAGUAAACAUGUAGGAACUAGGGACCUGCCCAUACUGAGUUGGACCAUUGGUCCAUCUAGCUCAACAUUGUCUAUACUGACUAGUAGCACCUCUCCAGGUUUCAGGCAGGUAGACAGAGAGGCCACUUUUAUCUAAAUCUGACCUAGAACAAUGGCAGAAUUUUGGAGGAUAUGCAAAAAGGUAACCAGGCUGUCAACAUAUCUGCUUUACCACCACCACUGCUAAUGAUGAACUAUUGGAUAAUGUUACAGAAGGGUUUAACAGUAAUGUUAGCAUGUGUUUCUUAGGACUGAGCUUCCUGCUUGUUGAAGCAGACUGUAAUGUAGGUGUGGAUUAGCUGGUAGCCCAUGCCUUAAACCAGAAGGACAGUGUACAAUUUGGAUGUGCAACACUUUUGUAGUCAAUCAUAGCAUUUUAUAGUUGAGCAAUGAUCUUCUGUGGCAAUUCAGGCAAAUUUACAAAUCUAGGCCAUGUUAGCAUUAGCACACCCUGAACGCUGACUCCUCUUUUCCAUUCAUUCAGUGACUCUGCCAUUAAUCCUUAUCUUGUAAAGAGAGAAGAAUGCAGUUAUACUUUAAAGCUGUGAGUGUGUAUAACAAAUCAUAGCCCUUUUAUCUCUUGACAUUUGGAGGGUUUACUAUAACUCCUCACAUGUGUCUCCUAGAAACAAUGAGAUUUAUACUAUGAAGCUCUGACCCCCCACCUAGUUUUGGUUAAGGUGGUCCUUGGCUGAAACCAAAUUGCCUAUAAAUUGUUUUCACUUGUUUUAUGUGGAAUGGAUCACACACACACACAGGAGAAAGAUCUCUUAACUCAACACAGAUCAUGUUCUGUUUAAGGCAAGGCUAGUUCUCCUAUUAGGAAAGCCUAAUACGUAUUCUUGUUUACAAUCAUUGGACCAUGUGUGUAAUUGAUGGCACUUUUGAGUGGAAAACCCAGCCAGAUGGGCGGGGUAUAAAUAAUAAAUUCUUAUUAUAAAGUUAUUAUUAUUUGCCUUCAGCAGAAGAACAGGUUGGGUCAUGGGCUGGAUCAGCUCUUCCUAUGAAUAUGUCUAAAGAGUUUCUUACACAUUCCACAGAGGGAAACCUGGAAGGGCUCUGCAGCCAAUUUCAGUUUUCUGAUAAGUAUACUAUCUGAUACAUACGUAUAUGAAAGGGCAAUGUGGCUCCUAGGGAAGAGCUGAUCUCAGUGUCAAAGUAUCCUCCCUGCAUGCAGAAGGUCAUAGGUUCAAUCCCUGGCAGCUGCAGGUUAGGUUGGGAGAGAACCCUGCAGAGCUGCUGCCAUUCGCUGAAACUGAGCUAGAUGGACCAACAGGUCUGACUCAAGAUAAGGUAGCUUCCUAUGCCUUCAAUUUCUUUUCUCAUGCAUAUGUUUCCUGCAUCCACGCUUUGCAGAUUUGGUGCAUUCUUAUAAUAUCUUAGCGAAGAAAUGUCAACUAUGAACCUAAGCAUCAUUCCAAGUUUAUGUACCAUAUGCUCAUAAAUGCAAGUGUUUGGGCUCAGUCAUGCAUACUUGAUAUCUCAUUACUCAGUACAUGGAAUGUCUGAACUUUCUCCUUUGCACGGUUUUUGUAUAGUGUCAUGAAAGCUUUGUCUCUGAUGGUGGCUCUUUUAUACAUGCAAGUCAUCAGUUGAUGCUGUGAGCACUGAAGGGUGAUCAUGCCCGUGAAAGCUUGCCUUGUAGCCGUGAUGUUCCACAGUGGAUUAAGACAGGGCUGAAGGCUGCAUUUCAUUGUAGCUAUCCUUGGGGGGGGGGGCUCAUGCCUGCAUUGAGUGGGGCUAGUGCCAAGCUGGGAUGGCUCAGUACAAAAUGGGCAGAGUCAUUUACAGUGCCUUUUUUUUCUCACCAUGAAGUUGUCACAGUAUGUGCCACAAGUUUUUAACUACAAAAAAGAGGUGUCGGUACUGCAUGCCAUUGAGUACCCCCUAAAAACCAUUGGCUAUAUACAUAAAUAAACAGACAGGAUACCUCAGUUGGGUAGAGCACAGUGCUGAUAAUGCUGAGGUUGCAGUUUCAAUCCCUCUAUAGCAGGGGUCAGCAAACUUUUUCAGCAGGGGGCUGAUCCACUGUCCCUCAGACCUUGUGGGGGACCGGACUAUAUUUUGAAGGAAAAAAAUGAACAAAUUCCUAUGCCCCACAAAUAACCCAGAGAUGCAUUUUAAAUAAAAGGACACAUUCUACUCAUGUAAAAACACACCAUGGGCCGGACUGAGAAGGCGAUUGGGCCGGAUCCGGCCCCUGGGCCUUAGUUUGCCUACCCAUGCUCUAUAGAACAGCUGCACUAGAUGAUCCUCAGGGUCCCUUCCAGUUCUGUGAUUCACGCACAAACAUGCACAUGCAUUUGUAACACUCACACAUAACAAUCAAGCAUCAUAAUGUAAUUACAUACAGUAAUUAAAAAUACAGGACAAUGGGAACAAUGGCAGAUAUUCCUGUCAUUAUUUUCAGUUAACUUGUCUGCCUUGAUGUAAUCUUGAAGCCCCAAGUGUUUUUUUAAAUCUCUACUGAGAAGGAAAGUGCUUCAUGAAUGCUUGGUGGCUUCCAAUUUUAUAUGCAGAGGAUUCUCUUGCUUGUAGAAGAGAAAGUUGAAGUUAUUUUGAAUGUACAGAGUUCCAUUUGAAUUUCUGGAUCCCAGCCAUUGCAAGCUGCUUUACUACUUUAGACCUUGUUGGAUUGCAUGCCAUCUAUUUUUAAAAAUCUGGUAGCUCCAGUCUGAAUUUGCUUACAAUGGCUUCCCACUAACACAGAGUCUGCGCCAUUAAUAUGCUGCUGGUAACUUUCUGGCACAUAAUUCAUAAGCUACUGCUCAUAUGAGUCAUAAGCUACUGUAUAAAUGAGAGGCUAAGCAAAUUGGAGGUGUCUCAGGCUCGGAAACAUACCACAUCCUGGAGGGCCAAUCCAAAUGAUAUAUUUAAAUUUAAGACAAAAUAUAUGUAAGGGAUUAUAUGCAAAUUGAAAUUUAAUUAACAUAUAUUUUAUGGGUGGGCAUGUUGCAACUUUGUUGUGGGCCUGUUGUUGUCUCAGGCAGCCUGAUGCUGCCCAAAUUGUACAUACCCUGCAGGCCAUGAGCUGUUGUUGUUAGUGUUUUGGUUAGGCUAUCAAGCACAUGAUGGAAGCAACACUGGCACUUUUGGCACUGCCAGGUCAGUUGUGUAACCCUUGCUAAGGCACAUUCUAAGUUAGAACUGGUUUUGUUGUUAAAAAAAUCACAAUGAUCAGUUGUGUGGGAGUGAGUGAUAAAAAUAGGGUCAACUUAAUUUCUCAUUUUCUUUUCCAAAUGGAACUUCUUUUUUAUAUAUUUUAUUAUAAUAUAUAAAUAUAUUAUUAUAUUUAUUGACACAUUUUAGGAAGAAAGAGGGCUUCUGUUUCAACCUAGUAUCUUUAGCCAGGUGGCUCUUGAUACAGUAGAUACUCUUGAUACGUAGAUACAGAUGUUACAAGGAACAGACCUUUUCUGGACUGAUGCUCCAAUCACUUUACUCCUUCCGUUGGCGCAGUCACUGCUCAUUAUCUGUUCACACACCAGGAGAAGUCUGCCCUGUUCACCCAAGCCAUCACCCUCCAUUAAGCUGAUCUGCUGUUGCUGGUUCACAUGUCUUUAGGCUGUUUAUGCUUGAUUUGCUCUUCUUGGUGUUUUAUAUUGUUUUCAAUUGCACUUGUAAGCUGCCUUGAGGACUACAAUGCUGGAAAGAUGGGGUAUAAAGCUUUUAAAAUAAACAUUUCCAAGAUGUUAAAACUGGCAGCUCUUAAUUACCGAGAAAUUGAAAGCAGGCAGGCAAAGGAUGAAAAUGCUCAGCAUUUUUGGCCUGUGUGUGUGAGGGUGGGAGCACAUUUGAAAUGUGGCUUCAGUGAAAGUUCUAAUGGUCGGUUUGUCUCUGGAAACUCAACCCAGUUGAUACAAUACAGCUUGUGCAAUGAGUCUGUGCAAGGGAGGAGUUCAGAAGAUGGCUUUGAACCCCAGUUGAGCUGCUUCACCUCCACCCUGUAGGUGCUGACACUACUUCCACACCCUUUUGGUUUGCAUUAAGUUACCUUUCCUUCACUUUUGGUAUGCUUCAGAUGGAUAAGCGCUGCGGCUUUACAUUAGCAUUGCAUACUGCUUUUGGUAUGAAAAAUCUGCUCUCACUUCCCAGUGACAGCAACCCUUAGAAGAAAAGGUGUCACCAUUUGAACACAUGACAGAUGCUUUCCGAGUGGCACCUGUUGGGCCAGGUCACUUGCUUUCCUGUAAGACUGAAGGCAUUCGACUCACUCGGAAAGUUGGAAGUGUCUGGAAGUUGCUGUCUGUGUGCUGCAACUUGGGGGAUCGAAGGCCUGGAUUUGGUGCUGCCAUUUGUGGAUUUAAAUGGAAGACAAACCAAGAAUGAAAAUGAAAAAGAAAUCUAAGUCAUUUUCUUUUGAUCGCCGAAGGGAUUCGGUGAAAGUUAAGAGGCAGACUAAAUCUCUCCGCUUUAAGUCUGCUACCUUGGAAACCUGUAAAAGACAAGGGAAAGACAGGCAGCUUGUAGCUGUAUUUGAUGAGCAAGACCCACACCAUGGAGGAGAUGGCACCAGUGCCAGCUCCACUGGCACCCAGAGCCCCGAGAUCUUUGGCAGUGAACUGGGCACCACUGCUGUGUCAGCCUUCCAGCCUUACCAAGCAACAAGUGAAAUUGAGGUCACACCUUCAGUCCUUCGCACAAAUAUGCCUCUUCAUGUACGCCGCAGUAGUGAUCCUGCGUUAGCUGGUCUCUCAACAUCAGUCAGUGAGAACAAUUUUACUGCAGAGGAGCCUUCACGGAAGAACCCCACCAGAUGGUCCACAACAGCAGGCUUCCUCAAGCAAAAUACAACUGGUGGCCCAAGGAGUCAUGAAAGAAAGAAAGAUGAAAAUUACAGAAGCCUCCCACGAGACACCAGUAGCUGGUCUACCCAGUUUCAGAGGGACAAUGCUCGCUCUUCACUAAGUGCCACCCAUCCCAUGGUAGAUAAAUGGCUGGAGAGACAAGAACAGGAUGAAGAUGGAACAGAAGAGGAAAAUAGCAGAGUUGAACCAGUCGGGCAUGCAGAUGCUGGCUUGGAGAAUGCUGGCAACUAUUCUUUAGAUGAUAUGGUAAAGCUCGUUGAAGUCUCCAAUGACGGCGGCCCUUUGGGGAUCCAUGUAGUACCUUUCAGUGCCCGAGGCGGAAGAACUUUGGGAUUGUUAGUAAAGCGACUGGAGAAAGGUGGGAAAGCAGAACAAGAAAACCUCUUUCAUGAAAAUGACUGUAUUGUUAGAAUUAAUGAUGGGGACCUUCGCAAUAGAAGAUUUGAGCAAGCACAGCAUAUGUUCCGUCAAGCCAUGCGAACACCCAUUAUUUGGUUCCAUGUGGUUCCGGCAGCAAAGAAAGAGCAAUAUGAACAGUUAUCACAAAGUGAGAAGAACGCUCACUACUCCAGUCGGUUUAGCCCCGAUUCCCAAUAUAUGAACAAUAAGAGUGUUAAUCACACUGGACUUCACACAUUACAAAGAAUACCCCGAGUGAGCCAUCAAGCAGAUCAGACGGACUCUUACACACAACUACCUCAUAGUGUGAAUUCAUCAGGAAAACCACCCCUGGGCCUGGCAUCAUCACCACAAAAUGUCCUCGCCUCCACUUCAAGCACUGGCUAUAAUACCAAAAAGAUAGGGAAGCGGCUCAAUAUACAGCUGAGGAAAGGUACAGAAGGCCUAGGAUUUAGCAUCACUUCUAGAGAUGUUCCAAUUGGCGGCUCAGCUCCUAUUUACGUGAAAAACAUCCUACCAAGAGGUGCAGCUAUUCAAGAUGGAAGAUUAAAGGCUGGUGACCGACUCAUUGAGGUAAAUGGAGUUGAUUUAACAGGAAAAACCCAAGAGGAAGUUGUUUCCCUGCUGAGAAGCACCAGGAUGGGAGGGAGUGUAAGCCUUAUCAUUUUCCGCCAGGAAGAAGCAUUCCAUCCAAGAGAACUGAGUACUGAACAAAGCCAGUCACAAAUUCCAAAGGAAACGAAAGCUGAAGAAGAAGAUCUUGUCCUUACCCCUGAUGGCACCAGGGAAUUCCUCACCUUUGAAGUUCCCCUUAAUGAUUCUGGAUCAGCUGGGCUUGGUGUUAGUGUGAAAGGUAACCGGUCAAAAGAGAACCAUGCAGACCUGGGCAUCUUUGUCAAGUCCAUUAUUAAUGGUGGAGCAGCUUCUAAGGAUGGAAGACUCCGAGUGAAUGAUCAGCUAAUAGCAGUAAAUGGAGAAUCGUUAUUGGGCAAAACGAACCAAGAUGCCAUGGAAACCCUGCGAAGGUCCAUGUCCACAGAGGGAAACAAGCGUGGAAUGAUUCAGCUCAUUGUGGCAAGGCGAAUAAGCAAGUGCAAUGAGUUGGAAUCACCUGGGAGUCCACCAGGGCCAGAACUGCCUAUUGAAACAAUACUGGAUGACAGGGAGCGUAGGAUUUCCCAUUCACUGUACAGCGGGAUAGAGGGCCUCAGCGAAUCGCCCACCAGGAAUGCCGCCUUGAGUAGGAUAAUGGGUAAAUACCAGCUAUCUCCGACAGUCAACAUGCCGCAGGAUGACAUGGUCAUUAUAGAAGAUGAUAGAUUACCAGUACUACCUCCACAUCUCUCAGACCAAUCAUCUUCCAGUUCCCAUGAUGAUGUGGGCUUUGCAACAGUAGAUGGUGGAGCCUGGAGCAAACCAACAAUUAAUGAGUCAACAGAAUGCACUCUGAGUCCAGAUGCUGAUCCAGCACUUGCCUUCCAGCGAGAGGGUUUUGGACGCCAGAGCAUGUCAGAAAAGCGCACUAAGCAAUUUUCAGAUGCCAGCCAGUUGGACUUUGUUAAAACACGGAAAUCCAAAAGCAUGGAUUUAGUAGCUGACGAGACUAAGCUCAGUACAAUGGAUGGCCAGAAAACAGGUUCUCCAACCAGAGAUGUAGGCCCCUCAUUAGGCCUGAAGAAAUCCAGUUCAUUAGAAAGUUUGCAGACAGCAGUCGCUGAGGUAACUUUGAAUGGUGACAUUCCCUUCCACCGUCCACGGCCGCGGAUAAUCAGAGGGCGAGGGUGCAAUGAGAGCUUCAGAGCUGCAAUUGACAAAUCGUAUGAUAAACCUGUUGCAGAUGAGGAUGAUGAAGGCAUGGAAACCUUGGAGGAAGAUACUGAGGAAAGUUCACGAUCAGGUAGAGAAUCUGUCUCCACGUCGAGUGACCAGCCAUCCCAUUCGCUGGAAAGGCACAUGAAUGGCAGUCAAGAUAAAGGAGACCGGAAAAAAAUUGGGAAGGACAAGAAGAAAGAUCGAGAUAAAGAAAAGGAUAAAAUUAAAGCCAAGAAAGGAAUGCUCAAAGGCCUGGGGGACAUGUUCAGGUUUGGCAAACAUCGAAAAGAUGACAAGAUUGAGAAAAUAAAAGUGCAGGAAGCUGUUACUUCAGAAGAGGAGAGAAUGCGAAUGAAGCAAGAACAGGAGAGAAUUCAAGCCAAGACUCGAGAGUUUCGCGAGAGACAAGCUCGGGAACGGGAUUAUGCCGAGAUCCAAGAAUUAAACAGGACUUUUGGAUGUGAUGGUGACUCAAUGUAUGCUGGAAUUGCUUCAUAUAAUUCCUCCAUAAAUAGUGGCACAAUGAACAAUAGACCACAGAGCCCUAGGGAAGGGCCAACCGUUGAAGCGUUAUACGCCCAAGUAAAGAAAGCACGCAAUUCCAAGUCUUCACCUGCAGACAGUAACAGAUCAACUCCCAGCAAUCACGAUCGGAUACAACGCCUAAGGCAAGAAUUUCAACAGGCAAAGCAAGAUGAAGAUGUGGAAGAUCGGAGGCGGACCUACAGUUUUGAACAACCAUGGCCAAGUUCAAAGUCAUACUCGCAGAGUGGCAGGCAUUCUGUAUCGGUCGAGGUUCAGAUGCAGAAGCAGCGUCAAGAAGAAAGGGAGAGUUUCCAGCAAGCUCAGCGGCAAUACAGUUCAUUACCCAGGCAAAGCCGGAAAAAUGCAAGCUCUGUGUCUCAAGAUUCUUGGGAGCAGAACUAUCCUCCGGGCGAAGGUUUCCAAAGUGCAAAAGACAACCCGAGGUAUUCCAGCUAUCAGGGCUCCAGGAACGGCUACAUGGGAGGCCAUGGCUUCAACGCCCGGGUGAUGCUUGAAACUCAAGAGCUGUUGCGUCAAGAGCAGAGGCGGAAAGAGCAGCAGCUGAAAAAAAAGACAUCUUCUGAAGGGUCCAGCAACUAUGACUCCUAUAAGAAAGUUCAGGACCCAAAUUAUGCCACUCCCAAAGGUCCUUUCAGACAUGAUGUACCCCCUUCACCAUCUCAGGUUGCCAGGCUAAACAGAUUGCAAACGCCAGAAAAGGGAAGACCAUUUUAUUCUUGAGUCGAAGAAAAACGUCAACGUCCCAUGCAAUAAAGGAACAUUUUCGUAUGAAGAGACUUGUAUUGGGGGGGUGGGGGUGGGGAGAGAAACUACUACUUCUUCUUUUUACAAAAAGGAGGUACUAAGGAAUUCUUGUCUGCUUCAGUGCCUUUAGCAAUAUAGGCAAAGAAUCAGAGGGCCUUAUGUCUUUGCCAUUGUGUCACAAGUGUUAUAUCAUGGAAGGAUUUUCCAUCAUUUGACAAUCAUACUCUAGGCAAGUGAUGUGUCUUAGUUAUCAAGUGUCCUAGCCCAGUUCUGUGCUAUCAGUGUCUGCUUCACUACAUUUUGCUGUCAGGUGUUAAAUGCUUCAGUGAGGUCUGGUUCCAACAUACAUCAUUAAUUUGUUUUUAAUUAAAAGAUGCAUUGCCAUACCUUUGAUUAAGGGAAAGGGGUACGUAUCACUUGUAAGCAGUAAGGUUGAAUGUUCACUCG